AUGACGGCAGGCGCUUCAGUCCACGCUGGCAUGGCGCCGCUGGCGGCGUGCGCGGCGGCAUGGGGCGUGGCGUUCGUAGACCCGUCCGACCCCACGGAUUGUGGGAUCGCCCUCAACAUCACAUGCGACGCCGCCGGCAUGGUCGACUGGAUGGUGUUGAACAGCGGGGGCAUAGCAGGACCCAUCCCGCCCAGCAUCGGCGCCCUCAUCGGACUCACUCAUCUUGAUCUAGACAACAACGCACUGACCGGGUCCAUCCCACCCACCAUCAGCGGCCUCACACGCCUGCUCUACCUCGACCUGAGUUACAACCAGCUCUCCGGCUCCAUACCCACCGCCAUCGACGGCCUUCUCUCAAUCACUGAGCUCAACUUUCGCAACAACAGGCUUACUGGCAGCAUUCCUGCGGUUAUUGGCAAUCUCACCACACUCAAUGACCUCUACCUGUCAUCGAACCAACUGAACGGGUCCCUGCCAGCCAAGAUCGGCAACCUGCACCACCUCUCCACGCUGGACGUCAUAUCAGGCAACCAGCUAUCUGGCGUGGUACCACCUGUGCUUGGAGGCAUUCCCCUCGGAACCCUUUCGAUCUACGACUCCAACGUCACGUGUCCCACCGGCGGUUCCUGCCAGCUCAAGCAGGACCCCAUGUCCGCCUUCUGCCUCGAAUGCCCCGACUUCUGCGCCUCCUGCACGCCCUCCCCUGGAAGGCCCCCUCCCCCAGCCCGCUCCCCUCUCCCUGCGCCCGCGUUCCCACCACCACGUGUCCCCCGCUCCCCGCCCGCAGCAGCUUUCCCUCCCCUCAUCUCUCAACCCUCUCCCCCUCCACCUUCUCUCUCCCCUCCACCUCCCAGAAUCACUCUCUCUCCUCCUGUACCUACCACUUCCCCUCCUCCCGAGCUCUCUCUCUCACCACCUGCCCUCCCAUCCCAACCCUCGCCCUCGACCAAUCCCUCCUUGACUCCUCCUCCUUUUCCUCCUCCACUCCCCUCCUCCCCAUCCGUGCCUCCAACCAACAGCAGCAGCAGUGGUGGAGGGGUUUCAGUGGCAGUGGUGGCAGGGGUAGCAGCAGCAGCGGUGUGCGUGGUGGUGGUGCUGCUGGUGCUUGGGUUUUGCUGGUGGAGAAGCAAGAAGAAGAAGCAGCAUGUUCCAUCUGGCGCGUCCCAUGCCUCCACACAGCCAUUUCUGGACCCACACGCAACUGCAGCAGGGCAAGGAGAAGGAGCAAUGGCUGCAGCCAAGCCAUCCCUGGAGGCGACAAACAGCAGCGGCAGCGACAGCAAGCAUAACAGCAGCAGGAACAGCUCUGCCCCAUACCAACCAGUGACGCCCCUCGGGUCGACAGACGCGCCGCCCCUGUUCCACCAGUUUGCUCUGCGUGAGCUGGAGGCCGCCACGCAGUGCUGGUCCCCCGAUUGCAAGAUCGGCAGCGGGGCGUUUGGUGACGUGUACCGGGGGGUGUGCCCUGGGAAUGCGGGCAUGGUGUGGGCGGUGAAGCGCGCUCGGAUCAUCAGUGUGGACUUUAGACGAGAGGUGGACCAGAUGGCGACGAAACACCACCCCAACCUGGUGCGGCUGCUGGGGUUCUGUAACGACGUGGAUGCUGCAUCGCAGCUGCCGCAGCAGAUCCUCGUGUACGAGUUCAUGGGCCAGGGCGACCUUGCUAAGCGCAUGCGCACAGACGUCUCAUAUCUGCUGCUGUUGCCUGCUAUGGCCUGCUACGCCACCCCCUCUCACAACUUCCCCACUUUUCCGUUCGCCCUCGCCCCCCACCUCCCCUCGCCCUACCGUGAAUGCAUGUGGCACAGGCCAAGCUUUGGAGUGGUGAUGCUGGAGGUGGUGCUGGGGCGAGGCCCGGUGGUGCUGCUGGGCACAGAGUGCAUCAACAUCAAGGACUGGGCCGCCCCUCUCCUAGCUGCCGACGACCUCACACCACUGCUAGACCCCUCGUUACAAGCACAGCCGCCAGGCACCCUCCCCAGCAGCACCCACAGCCGGGAACAGCAGCUCCGUCUAACAAGGGCGCUGACAGAGCUGGGGCUGGCAUGCACGCACGUGCCCACGGCCUCGCGCCCCUCCAUGGCCUCCCUCAUCUCCUCCCUCUCCUCGCUCAAGCGCGAGUUCUUUGGCACACUGGAGGGCACGAGGGAUAGCAGUGGGGGGCGCAAGGGGUAUGGGAAUGCAGGCGCUGCUGGUGACGCUGCUGGUGGCGCUGGUGCUGGUGGUGGUGCUGGUGGUGGUGGUGUUGUGGGGAGGGUUAUUCACGAAGAGGAUGAGGAGAAUGGUGCGCUGGAGCUAUCAGACGGCAUUGGUGCAAGGGCUGGCGGAGUAGGAGCAGGAGCAGGAACUGGUGAAUUGGCAGGGGCAGCAGGAGAAGCGCCUGGGAAGCAAAAGGGAGAUGGAGGCGGGAUGGUGAGCGAUGUGGGAUUGCAGGAGAGUGCAGAGGAGGUGGAUAGGGCGUUCAUGGAGGGGCUGAAGGAGCAGGGGCGCACUCUGGACGAGGAGCUGUCCAUUCUGAACCACAUGCUCGUCAUGUCUGCCGUGCAGCAUAGUGGCAUGCACCUGUCCUCCUCCUCCGCCUUGCCAUCCCAUGAGCAUUCGGGGCGCAGUGGCUUUUGA